UCAGGAUGAAGCCUGCCGGGACGCAUUACUAGGGCGACGGGCCGGACACCUCCCCGCUUCGGGAUGAAUUAGGGGCGGGUUCUGCCCGGAGGUUGUGAUCCCCACGGAUUCUCCAGCUCGCCCACGCGCCCCCCACGGCGUCGCGUGUGGUCCCCUGCUGGUCACAGAAUCAUGGUGUCAUGGAAAGGGAUUUACUUUAUACUCACACUGUUUUGGGGAAGCUUUUUUGGAAGCAUUUUCAUGCUGGGUCCCUUUUUACCUUUGAUGUUUAUAAACCCAUCUUGGUAUCGCUGGAUCAACAACCGCCUUGUGGCAACCUGGCUCACACUUCCUGUGGCAUUGCUGGAGACCAUGUUUGGUGUGAAAGUGAUUAUAACAGGUGAUGCAUUUGUUCCUGGAGAAAGAAGUGUCAUUAUCAUGAAUCAUCGGACAAGAAUGGACUGGAUGUUCCUGUGGAAUUGUCUGAUGAGAUAUAGCUACCUCAGAUUGGAGAAAAUUUGCCUCAAAGCCAGUCUCAAAAGUGUUCCUGGAUUUGGUUGGGCUAUGCAGGCUGCUGCCUAUAUCUUCAUUCAUAGGAAAUGGAAGGAUGACAAGAGCCAUUUUGAAGACAUGAUUGAUUAUUUUUGUGAUAUCCACGAACCACUUCAACUCCUCAUAUUCCCGGAAGGGACUGAUCUCACAGAAAACAGCAAGGCUCGAAGUAAUGAUUUUGCUGAAAAGAAUGGACUUAAGAAAUAUGAAUAUGUCUUACAUCCAAGAACUACAGGCUUUACUUUUCUAGUGGACCGUCUAAGAGAAGGUAAGAACCUUGAUGCUGUCCAUGACAUCACAGUGGCAUACCCUCACAACAUUCCUCAGACAGAGAGGCACCUCGUCUAUGGGGACUUUCCCAAGGAGAUCCACUUCCACGUCCACCGAUACCCCAUAGACACCCUCCCCACGUCCAAGGAGGACCUCCAGCUCUGGUGCCACAAGCGGUGGGAGGAAAAAGAAGAGAGGCUGCGCUCUUUCUACCAAGGGGAGAAGAAUUUUUACUUUACUGGACAGACUGUAAUUCCACCUUGCAAGUCUGAGCUCAGGGUCCUUGUGGUCAAGUUGCUCUCGAUACUCUAUUGGACCCUGUUCAGCCCUGCAAUGUGCCUACUCAUAUAUUUGUACAGUCUUGUUCGGUGGUAUUUUAUAAUCACCAUUGUCAUCUUCGUGCUGCAAGAGAGAAUAUUUGGUGGACUGGAGAUCAUCGAACUUGCAUGUUACCGUUUUUUACACAAACAGCCACAUUUAAAUGCAAAGAAAAAUGGGUAAGGUUAUAAGUUUCGUGGUAUAAAAACCUAGGGGAUAUUUUGGAAGUGUUCUAAGCCUUUGUAAACUGAGAUGCGUUUUUUGCAUGACUGUCAAAUAUUUCUUACUACCAUCAUUACUUGUUAAGGAUAUUUUGCACUUAGUUUUGUGGAAAGAUAUUGCUACACACAGUUUUUUUUUUAAAUCUCUGAAUGUAAUUUCAAUACACGUAGCAGGGAAUGAUUGCUAUGAAAUAACUCAGGCCAGAAGAUUACUACACAAUCAUCAGGCUGUUCACAGACGAGGUACACACAAGAUUUUCUUAAAGGCCCAAUUCUGUUUCCUAACAGACUCCCCGGGCAGGAGACAGACGUGGGGCUCAUGAGCGCUGGCCCAGAUCAAGUGCUGGCACUUGAGUCUGAGGUGAGGGCCCUUCCUUCUGGCUCCGUCCCUCGGCACUGUCCCCACACUCCUUUCUGUGCCAAUCAAACCAUCGAAUCCUUCCUUAAGACCAGAAAGCAGACAUCCCUUGUCCUUAAACUGACCAAACAUUUUGAUGAGAAGCCCUUCAUUAUUCAUAAAAUCUUGGCAUUUAGCCUCAUGCUGACCUAGACGUCUGAAGACCACCUGUGCCCUUUUUUCAUGUGGAAAAUAAGACCUGAACAUGUCUCAGGGAGCAACCACAGGCUCUCCACUUAGAAACUUUAAUUUGAAAAUUUUUUUUUUUUCUUGAU